AUGACGUCACCACCACCGCAACCGUCACAAUAUGUCGCCGGAGAAGAACCGGAAGUCGUUCACAUUAAUCGGCUCCCCGACGAAUUACUACUCACAAUAUUCACCAAAUUAAACAAUGCAAGAUUGCUUUGUAUUUGCAGUCUAGUUUCCAAGCGUUUCUCCACCGUCGUCCACCAGACGCCGUCGUUAUUCCUCACCUUUCCUCACCGGCACUCCAAUGAUCGGAAUGAAAAUUUACCAAAGAAAUUGUUCAAUUACCUCUCGAAAUCCUUCUUCCGGAAACCACCGAAAAAUAAAUUUGACGGACCGUUGUUCCAAUCGGCGGUUGAUUCCUUAAAAUGCUUCGAAAAUGUUAGAACCCUGCAAAUUCAGCUCCCUUCGUUUCAGCAAGACGAAUCCAUCCUAAAAUGGCACGCCGAAUUCGGUAAAGAUAUGAAUAUCUGCGUGAUUUUAUUCGCAACCUCUGUUCAUCAACCAACGCCUUCAACCCACCAGGUCCGUAACUCCGAUACUCUGUUAACAAAUCAUCUUCUCCAAUCUCGAAUCGCAUCUGCAAAUCAGUGCUUUCGAGAGGCGACAUGGCGGCAACAUAUUCUCCGGCACGUGGUGGAGAACCACCAGAAUUCACUACACGCCGCGGAUAUAUGUGAUUCGAGCAGGAAAGGAAAGGUUGUUAUGAGGGGAAGACAGCAACUGAAUGAUUUGCUUGAUCCGAAGCUGAAAUUGCCGGCGUCGGGAUAUGGAAAGUUAUGGCAUGUCCAACUACUCCGGUUGCCGGAAUCACGAUGUGUAUUGCAUGGUGCGACGGUUGUGGCGAUCAGGCGUACAGAUGAGAAUGAGGAAGAACAUGAAGAUGUUGGGGUGAAGCAAUUGAUGAAGAAAGGGUAUGAACUCGAUGAACAACUUUUGUGGGAAGUUCUUACUCAUAUUUUUGAGAAUCAUGCGCCUUCAAGGAGUCUCAAUAUAAAUCCUGCUCGAAGAUGA